AUGAGCGAGUUGCGGUAUUGGGCGCACACAAAGAGCACAAAGCAAGAGCAAGCUCCACAUGCUGAGGUGCCCUCUCUAGCAAGUUCUGACGACCAGACGGCACCAGAAAGAGCCGCGAGACCACAACGAGAACGUACACCGAACAUUAAGGACAAAGUAACUCUAAUCUUCUGGUAGGCCAAACCUUGAACCUCGCUUGAAGAACAAUGAUUGAAGAACUUUCAACGGAACACAAAUUGCAAGAGGAACUUCUACAGGAGGAAAGAACCACCUGUCUGUGGUAGAGGUCAAUAUCCGACCGAGUAGAAGUAGAGAACUUACACUUGUUACUAGAUCCUUAUUCUUCUAAUAUCAAGAUACCUCGAGGAGGAGAUGAAGCGGCAUCUUCUGGCAGCACACAGCACACGACCAUGGCGGCAAACGAAGAGGCACUGAGACGGUUGCCGACGAUUACACCUCUCGUCCCUGGCCAAAAAGGGAAUUCCUCCACACGGCAACAAGUGACGGCUGCAAAUUCCGA